UCCUAUGACGCCGAGGCAGUGACGUCAACAAGGUAAUAAGUACUUGUCCUGCUCCCCGGUCUGUUUCGUGUCUGUGUGUGAAGUCAGCGGGGGAAGAUUGUGUGUGUGUGGGGGAAGAAAAAGCACAAACAUUAACGAGUGAUUAUUUACCCGGGACUAAUUCUCAAAACCAGCCGGGACAUGGAGGUCACCGCCGAGGCCAAGAGGAUCAUGGUCGUGGCUUUGGGGAAACUGUACAGCUCCCGCACCGAGAGAGGAGGUCUCCGUCUCCACCGCAGCCUCCUCCUGACGCUGGUCAUGAAAUCCGCGCGGGACAUGUACCACGCGGCCCAGGCAACGGCGGAGUGUGUGGCCGGAGGACACGAACAACAACAACAACAACAACCGCAGCAGCAGCAGUCGACGGCCGAGCGGACCGCAGAGUCCUCGGGCGCCCAAAUGGAGCUCCAGGUCACCGCUUCGCUCGACCCCGUAAAGCCCCGGGGUUCAACCCGGGAGGAGGCCGUGUCCUCCCCCGCCGUCGACCGGCGCGGCGACGCCGAGAACAAGGAGAACCUUUGCCCGACCGGCCCCGCGCAGCGCUCCAGGAAGAGACGCGGCAAAGCGGCCACGGAGCCGGACUUCCUGCCUUGCAAGAAGGCCAAACUUGAGCAGGCGAUGUGCCCCCAACAGCUCAGCGCCGUGAAUUCCGUGCUGCUGGACUACGUGAAUUGCAGCAGUAAACUGGGAGCAGCCCCAUCCCCCAUUCCCGUGCAGAGGGCCAUCGCGGCGUGUUGAAACCUGGCGCACAUUUGCACAAGCGGAUCAUCUCAACGACGCGGCGGCCACGGGUGCGGGGGACGCGCCCGCCGAGGGCCUCCGACCACGGGACAGAGACCCGGGGUGGUGACUAUAGUGCGCGCGGGUGUUCUGGAAAGUCCCGUGCAGGACUCCGGACGCGCCGGGCCACGUAACGGGAAACACCCGGAGCAGCGCAGUGGUGCGUAAAGGUCCCGGGGACUUUUUGGCCUCACUGCUGCGGCUCAGUACAGCUGGGAAGGGCGGAACUGAAUAAAUUGGUGUAUCCGGAUGGGGCCUCAAUGAAAAUGUACAGCUCAACAAAUGUAACAUUCUAUGAGAGUGGGGACCAGUGAAGAAAAUGUGAAGUCAAAUGUACAUAUAAAUGACAACUACCUCAGUAUUUAUUAAACAUUUUUGUACAGAA